ACACAGUUCUAACUUUAAACCCCUUUCUUUCUCCAUUCGCUUCCUUAAUGAGCGCGCUCUCUCCUCCCUCACCUCUCUUCCUCGUCAUUAGGCUGUGUCCUUUUUGUUUGUCUUGCCAGUGUUCUUUGUCCAAAAUCCACCAUAAAACCCCCGUUUUAACUUAGGUGUAACAAUGUGGCAUGGUUGGUGCACGAAACAAGACAAUGUGAAUGAAGUCGACGACCAUCUUCUGAUGCUGGCAGAGCAGAGGCAGAGCGACGUUUUGUUCAGGCCUACACAGGAGAUAUAGCAGGUUCGGAGUGUUUUGUUCCUCGCCAGAAUGCAGUCAAAUAUCAGCCAAGAGACGGGGGAUAUGGGGGUGUUUGUUUCUUCCAGCGGAGGACGUUAAAUUAUACGUGAGAAUGCCAUUUAGAGACCAUUGUUCCAGUCAAAUUUUGUCCGCACUUUGCUCAAUGUGUUCACUUUAUCCUAUUUCUUAUUCUCUAUCCCUCUUGCUUUGUUACUUUAUUUUCUCCUCUGGGAAGGAAACAGCAGAAGCGUUGUGACCCUGUAUAAUUUCCUAAGUAAUCAGCCGGCUCUCGCGCUUGGUGGCAAAGCUUUAAUCAAAUGUCUCACAUGCUUCCAUGAGCCAGAAAUGUGUUAUUCCGACAGAAACAAAAAAGCAUGCAAUUACUCCCAGGAGACCUGUUCCUCCCUCUCACCCUCCCUCCUCUCCUCUCCUCCAAUCACGUCCUCCCUCCAUCCUCUCCUCCACAGCUGCAGAAAAGAGGGGAGAAUUCCAGUCACGUCCUACUCUUCCUCCUUUUCUUUUUUCUUCCCUUUUUUCUCUGUGUGCUAAACUAAUGAGAGAGCUUUGGCCUGUGAUAAUGACAGCAAGGGCUCUGAAAUGUAAACCCAACACAAUGACUCUGGGGAACUAUGCCGGUGGUAUUCCAGCCCCGAGGAAACAUUAUACCCCAGACGACGACUAUGAUGACUAGUGAGACAGCGGUACUUUUGGAUCAGCGAGUCUGAAGAUGGGAGACGAUUUGGGCGAAGAGUGGUGGGAGAAAGGGGGCGAUUUAGAUGUUGUAGAUGUAUCUGAGAAAGAGGAGGUGAAGGAGGAGAAGAAACCGACUUUAGAAGAAGCCCCCUCUCAGGAGAAGAAAAAGAGGAAGAGGGUGAGGAAGAAGAAGAGUGCAGCGACAGAGGCGCCUGACCAACCCACGAAGAAGAAAAAGACUUCUCAGAAAGAGUGUUUUGUUUCUGAGGAGAAGGAGGAGGAACCGGGGGAGGCUAAGAAGCCUAAGAAGAAGAGAAGGAAGAAAAAGACAAUCACAGAUGUUCUAGCGACUUCAGAACCCAAAGCGGGCAGUCCAGUGGACCUGCAGAACCUGGUGGUGGAACACUUCUCAGACAAGCGCUCCGUCAUCGAGAUGGAGGACCUCAACCUGCUGGAUUCCUGUUUCCUGUCCUGUAAUGACCUGACCCACAGUCUGUCCUCCUACCUGAAAGAGAUUUGUCCCAAGUGGGCCAAGGUCCAGAAGCAGCACACAGAGAAGGGAGCUGUAGUCCUUCUCAUCGUCUGUAGUUCCGCCCUCCGCACCAUCGAGCUCAUUAAGCAGUUGACCACCUUCAAGGGGACAGCCAAAGCCCUGAAGCUUUUUGCAAAACACAUCAAGGUGGAAGAGCAGGUGAAGUUUCUCCAGAGAGAAAUCACUCACAUUGGGGUAGGAACUCCAGGAAGACUCCAGGCGUUGGUUCAGAGAGAGGGUCUGAACUUGCAGCUGCUGCGCUUCCUGGUUCUGGACUGGAACUGGAGAGACCAGAAGCAGCGCAGGAUGGUGGACGUACCUGAGAUCAAGUUUGAUUUGCUAAAGCUGCUGGAUGUUGGCAUCUUAAACGGCUGCAGGGAAGGCAGAGUCAGAAUUGGCCUGUUCUAACACACACACACACACACACAUCUGUACACUCACACACACAGCCAUAACCUCCCCCGUUUUCACACACUGACACAUAACUUAACGAAUCGUUUUAAACAGUCAAAGUGCAGUGAGGCGUGCAGCCUGCCUUCUAGCCUCUCUGGACGUAUGAAUUGUUUACUUCAAACAAAACUGUGUUCAUCCCCCUCAUCUCCCUGCCCCGGCCUCUCCCUGCCCCGGCCUCUCCCUGCCCCGGCCUCUCCCUGCCCCGGCCUCUCCCUGCCCCGGCCUCUCCCUGCCCCGGCCUCUCCCUGCCCCGGCCUCUCCCUGCCCCGGCCUCUCCCUGCCCCGGCCUCUCCCUGCCCCGGCCUCUCCCUGCCCCAGCCUCUCCCUGCCCCGGCCUCUCCCUGCCCCAGCCUCUCCCUGCCCCGGCCUCUCCCUGCCCUGGCCUCUCCCUGACUCCGCAGGAAGCUUGUCUUGUUGUCCUCUCUGCUCUCAGAGACCUCCUGAAGUCCCCUCUCCUUGUGUUUGUACUUGAACAUGAACCCCCCCCCCCGUGUGUGACAAUGUUAAAU